CACACAAUCAUAGCUCUCAAACUCUCGUUGCUUGGGCUAUCCAUCAGUUCACGGAUAUCGAGUUAUUUCUGCUUUUUACAUUUUUCCAUCUUUAGUUUCAUUCUUUCACAAUUCGACCCCUUAAGUUUCUACUAAUUCCACUUCCCCCUCUUUUCCAUUUUUUUUUAACGGCCACUCCUCUUUACUUCCGUUGUACCCAGCCAACCCCUUUGAUCUCCCUGCUUCAAUUCUACCCCGUAAAACUGAAUCAAAUCCAUGUUUUUAUAUUGGAAGGGAUAAGCACAUUGCCUAGGGCUCAAAAAGUUGGUUUCUUGCAGUUGGGAUUCAGUUUUUUCAUGGGUUGAACUCAAGAAACCAUGGAUAGCUUCAUCUACGACGACGGUGAAUCUCAAUUUUUCGAUGCUCAGGAGUACAUUGCUCAAGAACCUGAUAAUGGUUGCUCGUCUUCUAGAAAUUGGGGGUAUGAUGUGUGGACUCAUGCUCCUCAGAGUGUUAGAGAGCGCCGUCGGAAGUUCAUUGGAUGGAUGGGACUUAGCCCAGGUGAGUUUGGAGGAGAAAAUUCUGUAGAUAUGUGCGGCAGCAGUGAAGGUUGUUUUUCCAUGGGAUAUUUUCAUAGAAUUAUGGAGGAUAAUGGGGCUGUGCUAAGAACCUCAAGUGUUGAAGAUGAAUUUUCUUCCAGCCGGUCCUCUGUCUCAAGUUGGAAUACCGAUGAUUUGGAUUUGUCUCAGGGAGAGGAUUUGAGGGAGUGUCGAAACGGGAAUGUGAGAUUUCAUGGUGAGAUUGAUUGUAAUGUAGAUGCGAUGGUGGAAAAUGAGAGGCUAUCAUCAGCUGGUCCUCUGUCUCAAUUCUCUCCCUCAGUUCAGCAAUUUGUGCGAAGGGAAAUUGAGGUUAACGUGAAUACACCAAGAACAAUGAAAAAUAGUUGGCUGAGUAAAUUUCGUUCUGUGACUUGUAUGAGAAGUGGAAAUGUGAAAGAUGAUAAUGUGGGAUCGGAUGGUUUCUGCCAAUUACAGGGGACAAGGAUCCGGAGAGUUAGGGUUCGCCAUUGUCGGAGAAGGGUGAAGGAAAUUUCAGCCCUUUUCUCUGGACAAGAUAUUCAAGCCCAUGAGGGGUCAAUUAUCUCGAUGAAAUUCAGUCCUGAUGGACAGUACCUGGCUAGUGCUGGCGAAGAUAAGAUUGUCAGAAUCUGGCAGGUGGUGGAAGAUGAGAGAUCAGAUAGAAUCGACGUUCCAGAUGCAGAUCCAUCAUGUGUGUACUUCUCAGUGAAUAAUCUAUCUGAAAUGGGACCUCUAACGGUCGAAAAAGAUAAAGUUAACAAAUCCAAGAGUCUGAGAAGAACACAAGACUCAGCAUGUAUCGUCUUCCCUCCAAAAGUUUUCCGAAUUCUUGAGAAGCCAUUGCAUGUCUUCCAGGGCCACAGUGGGGACAUCUUGGAUCUUUCGUGGUCGAAGAACAAUUGCCUGCUUUCAUCAUCAAUAGAUAAAACUGUUCGCUUGUGGCGGGUUGGAGUUGAUCACUGCCUCAAGGUUUUCCAGCAUAGUGAUUAUGUGACCUGCAUUCAAUUUAAUCCUGUGAAUGAUGAUUACUUCAUCAGUGGUUCAAUAGACGGGAAGGUUCGGAUUUGGACUAUUGAUGGUUGUCAAGUUGUUGACUGGGCUGAAACACGGGACAUUAUUACUGCUGUUUCCUAUUGCCCCGAUGGCCAGGGUGGUAUUGUUGGCUCCAUUACAGGCACCUGCCGGUUUUUUGACUUAUCAGAUAAUCACCUCCAGUUGGGAACGCAGAUGUGCUUAACCAAUAAGAAAUCUCCCUGCAAAAGAAUAACUGGCUUUCAGUUUCUAAAACAAGACCCGAGCAAAGUACUGGUUACUUGUGCUGAUUCAAAAGUCAGAAUUAUCGAUAGGAUAAAUAUUAUUGGGAAAUACAAAGGCCUCAGAAAUACUGGGAACCAGAUCUCAGCUUCAUUUACUGCUGAUGGAAAACAUAUCGUCUCAGCAUCUGAUGAUUCAAAUAUUUAUAUAUGGAACUAUGCUGAUCAAAGAGAGUCUUCUUUCUCGCAAUCCAAAGCCAUCAGGUCUUUUGAGUGUUUCUCCUCUGAUGCCUCCAUUGCCAUACCCUGGUCCGGUCUGAAAACCGGGAACUCAGAGGAGGCUCUAAUCCAAGAAACGUCAACUAAUACGUUGCCGUUCUCAUCGUCCGUUCAUUUCUCUUUAAGCCAAGAGAAUCUCUUAGGUUCCAGCUCAAAGGGAUCCGCCACUUGGCCAGAGGAGAAGCUCCCCGCCUCAACACCUCAAGCUUCGACACCUCCAAUGAGCAAAUCCCAGUAUAAACUUUUCAAGGAUUCUUGUCAGAGUUCGUCCAGUUCUCAUGCGUGGGGCCUAGUUAUUGUUACUGCUAGUUGGGACGGCAGGAUUAGAUCAUUCCACAAUUAUGGGUUGCCGGUGCCCCUUUAAGACAAGGUGACCAAAUCACUGAAAAUGUUGGAUGUUAUCUCUUUCAAAACGCAGCUUUCAAAUGUGAUGGACUGUGUGAUGUGCUAGGCUGGCACAUAGAAAGCCAGUUUUGGCACUACUGGAACUGUUGUCUUAAAUUUGGUCCUUUUCGUUGCUGCAAAACUCAUUGAAGUUUGGAUGGGCAACGACAGUUGACAGGAGUCCAGAACGUGCAGAUUGUAACGUGGCUCUGAUCAAGAAUUGGCUGAGGUAGGCUUAUCAGCAAUGUGGCGUAAGUAAAUGAUAUUCUUUUGUUUGUUUAUUCGUAAAUGGCUUGUCGAACUUGUACCUGUACAAGUUGCUGCACUUGGUGAAUACCAGCUUUUAUAGCCCAGGGCGAUUCAGCAACAGUUAGAAUUAGAAGGGUUGAUAGAGAUUUUGUUCUUUCGGCGAGAUGUAUUGUAAAUAGGGUGUAGUUUUGUACAGAAUUGACUCGUUUUUCACUCU